CUGCAGAACGCUCAGCCAGGUGCGCUGCCACUGUCACGCCAGGUGCCAAAGCUGGCGGCACAUCAAGCUAAACAGCUGGCCACGAGGCUCUCGCCCAACCAGGCUGGUCUGACUCCUACUUUCUUCCCUUCAUCAUCAUCGUCGGGGUUUUCUUUGCGAGAUUCGCUUUCAUAGUUCUGAUUCAUUCAUCGGGACCCUUUUUUGCAUCCAGUUCUCAUAUCGUUUUUCGUCAUUUGGUCCCUUCGAUUCUCUCUGCCUCGUCACAGUGUCCCGUCCACCAGCUCUUGUACCCCAGUUGCGCGGCCUCCAACGGCGCCAUCCCUCCCAGUCGACGUGGUCACUCGCUCCCGACGAUUUCAUUUUGUGUUUUUGACGGAUUAUUUACGUUGGUCGGAAUUUCGAUCUCGAACUAGUCGAUUUCAUAUACCACAUAAGUUUCUCUCUGAUUUAUUCAUCAUCGACGAUGCGUCGUGUCAUCGCUAUAGCACUGUUAACAGCUGCUCGCCUGAGCCUUGCGGCACCAUGGCUAGGACUGCCUGUCAACUCUGUUGAAAUCGUCCCGACCGCAUACAUCACUCUCAAGGUCCCUGUUGAAGAUGACGGUAUCCAAGUGCUUCCCAUGCGAUUUGAUUUGCACGAGUCCAAAGAGCCUUGCGGAGUUGCAAAAUUGGUAUUCAAUGGUCUUCCCAUGUCUCAAAAUGCUACUGGUGGCGGCAGCGGCGCCUUUACUCUCCAAGAUGGCACUGUCGUCAGCGCCAGCUGGAACAUCGCCUGCCAAAAGAGCAAGACCCAGCUGCUCACCAUGUCUAUUCACUCUGCAAAUGGACGAUCCAUCUUUACCCAAAAUCAGAUGGCAGCUUCAUUUCAACAAGUAGAACCGAUUAGAUUCCUCGAAGUCACCGGUGGUUCCAGAGUGACUCUAGUCCACAAGGUCAUUUCUCACAAGCAUUCAUAUCCGUCAGACGACUAUGAUGAUGACAGCACCGCGCAAUGGGAAAGCCAACGGAACAUGCCUUUUGAUGUUGAUCUGGAUGCACAAAUUUCUGCUCUUGAAGAUCUUCGCCAGCAGGUACACAAUCUUCGCCAACUCAUCCGUCAAAAAGAGACAGACAUUAUGGAGCACCUCGUAUAUACAGACAGCACUGAAGGAGACACGCCGCCACGCCCGCUUAGGGAAUGCGAUGACUUGGGCUGUGUGUUCCGCGGACUAGCGUGGAAGAUUAAGCACGCUCAUGGAGAUGUCUGCAAUGGUUCUCCUCAAUGGAGCCGAGUUCUUGGUUGUCAGGAAGAUCCCGAAGACUAUGCCUUGGAUAGCUCUCCUGAGCAUAGCCACCCACAUCACAGCCACACUCAUGAUAGCGAUUCGCACGAACACAACCACCAUAACAGACGCAAGUCACCUAUCAGCUUCGUUCUGAAGGUCACUGGGGCUUUGUUCUUAUGGUACAUCUUCGUCCACAAGACGAUUGGCAUGUGUCUUAAGCGACGCCGCUCUAGAUCCAUCUCAUUACCAACUACUGAAGAGCUCCCUCGUAUACCUCGCCGUAGAUCUUUGUUUGGAGACUAUUUUAGAGCUUUACGUCGUGUCGAAAGCGCAUCCGAUGAAGAACGACCACGCGAGAAGCGUCAGCAAAGCCCGAUCAGACAGUGGAACGAGGUAUCGCAUCGGGAUGUGGCUGAUGAGCUCUCUGGGCUUCGCGAGGCUGCAUCUAUGGUCAGCGACAUAAUCAAUGCUACAUCAAUGCCUCAUCGGGCACGAGGCAGCUCGCCGCCUCCAGCCUACGAGAGCGAGGACGACGAGUCGUACAUGCCUUGUCUCCCACAAUACACACCUAAUCGACGAUAAGCCAUCUUUAUAGAUUGGAAUUACAACAAUUGCCUGUGGUUGGGCAUAUUUUUCAUGUAUAGUUUUGCAUCAUACAGUACUCGGAGUUUGGUUUUAUUUUAGCAAGAACGGGUAGCGUCUAGCGUUUCAUUGUCAUGCCACAUUAUAAUACAGUACUCGAAUACCUAUUUUCUGCCUUUCCCUUUUAUCCAUAAUGUUACUUUUGCUUGCCAAAUACGAAUGCCUCGAAAUUGGAGGCUAUUCGGGCUACGCCAUCCUCUAGAGUCCAGCCUUUGGCUGCGCAUACACGGCGAUACAUGACAUCCAAGGCAGCGUCCAUGGCAUCCCCCGCGCAGUCAAGGUCACUCUCUACCAGCACACGAUCGUCAGGGACGGCCCGAAUAACGUCAUCUAUACGGGCUCGGACUGACUCGGAGCCCAGAUUAACCGCGGAUGAGAAGGAGACGUACACAUCCGCCGGAUUUGUCGGACGCAUCCACUGUGACAGAACCGCUGCGCUGCCGCUGUACGAAUGUAGACACACUCUUGGAGCGUAUGGGCUUUUUGAUUGGCUAGGUUUUGACUUGGGCUUAAGGCGUGCGAGGAUCUCGUCAUCCUCAUCGUCGGAGCUGCUACUAAAGUCUUCUGCGCCUGGAGCUACAAGGCGACGCUCCCGACGGGAUGGAAUGUGCCGUUCAAAACCGAUCCAUGUUUUGGAGAUGGUAUCGAAGAGAAUACCUGGCGCUUGGACGCCAUGCACGCUAACCGGCCGGUUCAUCUCCCCAGCCAGCUGCAGUUGUGCUGUGAGAAUGGCCUGCUGGUGAGCCAUAUCGACACGGUAUGGGCUGAGCAGACGGCCCUCGCGUGUGCCGGGGGUGAUGGAAGGGUCGCGGUCCUCGAGCUUGGACGGAUCCCAUUGCUGGGGAAGGCGGAAUGGUUUAUCAAGGCCAAUUUCACCGACAAUAGCAACGGGGUGGGCGGCUAAGCGUGCGCGCGUGUCGUUUAUAAGUGUGGAGAGCGGAGAGGGGUCCGGCAGCGAGGCGAUAAAGGAGUCAUCUUCUGGGGGAGGUUGUAGGACUGCUCGGUAAUGUGCACAUUUUGCUUGAAAUAUGGCAUCCUUGUCAGUUGUAUUUGACGGAUUGUAAGUCGGUGUCGCAGCGGUUGUGUCAUCGUAUAAUUGGUGUGAGAACCACGGGUGCCAGCCAAAUGCGGGGAUCAGAUUACAAGACGAACUGGGUUGUGCUUGUUUGAGCGACGCCAGCUCGUCUAUGCUUUUGAUCCCAUGGCUUUGAGUUACGUCUGCCACAAGCUGCUGAUCUUGGGACCGAGUGGCCAUGAUAAUCAUGGCGGCGGCCUUCAUGGUAGAGAGAGCCGCCAUGGAGGCCAUGUUGUCGGUGGGAUGGCAGUGGGCAUCGUAGGUGGGAAUAUGGAAAGGAAAAGACUCAGAUGGUUUAGCAUCCGGCGAUUGACUUGAUUGGCACAUGUUCAGAGACUGUGGCGGGCAUGUGCUGAAAAUGUUGAAGAUACAGAGAGCGAAGGGAAAGGUUGACUAUGUACAGUUAGAAGGAUGCGUCAGAGAGGCGGGGCGCAAGGCUGCAAGGGCGUGGUAGCAGAAGAUGCUGGAAGAUUCUGAAGGGGAGGGCUAUAGACACGGAUUUAGCAAAGAAUGGAGUAAAUAUCGAGAUUUUAU